AUGGAGCUGAGAUCCACAAAAGUAAGGAGAAAUCUUUUUGGUCCUGUGGACCACAGCCAUCUGCAGCAGGACUUCCAGAAUAUGUUGUGCGCUAGUAUGGAAAGGGCUAAGCGAAGGUGGAAUUUUGACUUCUUGGAAGAGAUGCCAGCAGAAGGCCUUCUGCAGUGGGAGGAACUACAGGGCCACGAGGUCCCUACCUUUUAUCACACAUGUGCGGUAGGGGAGGCUCGCAGACCCCUGCAAUCCAUGAACCGGGUUGUAACCAAAGAAUCCAAAGCUCACCAGAUUGGCAAAGUGUUUGAGAAACCUAGGCCUGCCCAAAAAUUGUCAGGGAAGAAGAAUCUGGCAGGAAAGAAGCGAAGGCAGAGGUCUUUGACUGAUUAUUACUCAGCAAAGAAGCAGAUCAGAAUGGAUAUGCAAACGCCUGAAAAAAAGUUGGCUUUCUAG